AUGGCGGCAACUAACAACUUUGAUUUUGGAAACAAGAUUGAUGAAGGUGGAUUUGGACCUGUUUACAAGGGUCAGCUAGCCGAUGGAACAAUAAUCGCUGUCAAGCAGCCCUCUUCAAAGUCGAAAAAUCAAUUGUUGCUAGUAUACGAGUACUUGGAAAAUAAUAGCCUUUCUCGGGCUUUGUUUGGACCAAAAAACUCGCAUACUUGGAAAAAGAUUUGUGUUGGAAUAGCUAGAGGCUUAGUGUUUCUCCAUGAAGAGACUAGACUGAAAACUGUCCUCGAGACAUCUCAGGAGCCAUUACUUGAAGUUAAAGAUAAUAUCAACUCAGCUUAUUCCUUGAGCGUUGAAGCUGCAUAUAUAAAUCACAAGGACAAUGCGAAUAAGUUGGCUAAAUGGACUGCACAAGUGAUUUUAGCCAAUGUUGAAUUGAUGAGAUUGGGACAUGUUCCGACGGUGCAUCCUAGGGAUCAUUUUAACCAGGUGAUAUUGGGUGUUGUUGGUUACAAGCAAUGGCUAAUUAGUUGGGAUGGACUUCCAUCUUUUGUAACUUGGAAGAUUUUUGUGGUCUUACUACCACAAAUUCAAUACUUUGAUCCUUGGGGACAAGGAUCGUCUAAAGGGGGGAGGAAUUGUCAUGGUGGGAGGGGGAGGAAUUGUCAUGGUGGAAGGAGAAGGGCGAGAGCACGAAGAAGAAUUGGGGGAAGAAAUGCGAGGGCCGAACCGGAUCCGAAGAAGCUAGAGCAGACCCAAGAAGAAGUAAAGCAGCCUGAGUACACUAGUUCAAUAUCUGCAAAAGAAGAAUGUUAA